GGCGAGGCCGCGAGGUGCGGCCGCGGGCCGGGGUGUGGCGGCGGCGUCACCGCCCCGCGUCACUGUGCGGUAGCCUGGGGAACGGGCGGUUGGCGACUGGGAGCCGCGCCGCACGCCGACCACGCGGGGCUCCGCUGCCCGAGGAGCGAGGGUUUGUUCCGCCUGUUUCGCUUUUGUCUGAAAUCUCGGGAGCCGGGCAGGCUCCCCGUGUUCUUCCCUUCCCGCCUCCCGCCUCUCCGGCAUGUAGCGGGAGGACGGCGGUAGAGGGGCCGCGAUUCGCACGGGCGGCCUUUCGGACGCGGUGCCGUUGGAAGGAGGAAGGUUAAUCGUGGCCGCCGGCGCCGCGCUGAGGAAAUGGGGCUGGCUGCUUACAGCUGAGUCCGUCCGCUGCCGGGAGCUGCCGCGGCGUGGGCUUCAACCGUUCUGGCAUCAGGGAGGCACGCCGAUGCCGGCCUGUCGCGUGUAAAAUGGAUAACGAAGUCUUCACCCCCGUUUUGAAGAAGUUCACGCGCAGCCCUCUCGUCACAUGGAUUCGGACGUUUGGACCCUUAGCAGAAGAGAAUGGCAACAGCCUGGAGGAAUACCUGACGCUGGUGGAUGGCGUAUUUCUCAACGAAGUCAUGCUGCAGAUCAAUCCGAAGUCCACUAAUCGGAACGUAAACAAGAGAGUCAACAACGAUGAAUCGUUAAGGAUUCAGAACUUGUCUAUUUUGGUGAAGAAAAUCAAAUAUUUCUACCAGGAAUGUUUGCAGCAGCUGAUCAUGAUGGCUUUGCCAAAUGUCUUAAUAAUCGGCAGAAAUCCUCUCUCAGAGCCAAGUACUAAUGAAAUACAUAAAAUACUCCUGCUUAUGCUUGGUUGUGCUGUUCAGUGUCAGCAAAAGGAAGAAUUCAUUGAAAGAAUCCAACAUCUGGAUUUUGACACAAAAGCAGCUGUUGCAGCCCAUAUUCAAGAGGUAACUCAGAACCAGGAGAACGUGUUUGAUCUGCAGUGGACGGAUGUCAUUGUAUUUACACAAGACUCUGUUGAACCUCUUCUGAGAAAUAUGGCAUCACAUUUGAGAAGACUUGUGGAUGAAAGAGAUGAGCACUUAGAGACUAUCAUAGAACUCUCAGAAGAACGGGACUGUCUCCAAUUGCAACCUCAGACAUUAGUAGCACAAUCACCUUGUGGAUCUCCUUGCUUGAAAGACACUGAAAGCAAGCAGCACCUGACAGUUGAGCUAGCAGAUGCCAAAGCAAAGAUAAGAAGGCUUAGGCAAGAGAUUGAAGAAAAGAAUGAGCAGUUUCUUGACUAUAAACAAGAAUUUGAAGAGAUGGAAAGUGAGUUAAGGAAGCUUCAGCAAGAGAAUAAGAGUUUACUCUCAGAUGCCCGUGCUGCCAGAGCUUAUAGAGAUGAAUUGGAUAUUCUUCGUGAGAAGGCAAUUCGAGUUGACAAGCUCGAAAGUGAAGUCGGCCGGUACAAAGAGAGGCUGCGUGAUAUGGAAUUCUACAAAGCUAGAAUGGAGGAGUUAAUGGAAGACAACCAAGUGAUGCUGGAAACAAAGAGAAUGUUUGAGGAUCAAAUAAAGACAUUGCAGUUCCGUUCUGAUAAAUUACACGUGGUAGAAAAAGAGAAUCUCCAAUUAAAAGCUAAACUACAUGAAAUGGAGUUGGAGCGUGAUAUGGACAGAAGGAAGAUUGAGGAACUUAUGGAGGAAAACAUGGCUCUAGAAAUGGCUCAGAAACGAAGUAUGGAUGAAUCACUACAUCUUGGCUGGGAACUUGAGCAGAUAAGCAGGUUUACUGAUCAUUCUGAAGUGUCACAUAAGUCACUUGGUCUUGAGGUAACUGAACAGACAUCAAGCAGAUUACUGAAAUUGGAAAAGGAAAACCAAGCCUUACUGAAAACAGUGGAAGAACUACGGAGCACAGUGGAUGAUUCUGUAGGAGGCAAUAGUUCAAGGAUUCUGAAAAUGGAACAAGAAAACCAAAGACUGAACAAAAAGAUUGAGGGACUGGAAAAGGAAAUUAUCCAAGAGAAACAGUGUCUUCAGAUCAAUCAAAACUUGACUAAGGAUUUGAUGAAAGAAAAAGUACAACUUGAAAAGAAAUUUGAGACGCUUCGAGGAAACUUAGAACAACAAAUUAAACUCCUAGAACAAGAAAACGAAUGUUCAAAUCAAACCAUAGCUUCCUUAAGACAGCGCUCACAAUUCAGUGCUGAAGCACAAAUGAAAGAAAUUGAAAAUGAAAACAAAAUUCUUCACGAGUCCAUUAAGGAAAACAGCGGUAAAUUAAAUAAACUUGAAUUUGAAAUAAAACAAGUCCAGAAGGAAAUGAAACACUACAAAGAGAAAGCAGAGAGAGCAGAAGAACUUGAGAAUGAGAUGCAUCGUCUGGAGAAGGAAAAUGAAGCUCUGCAGAAAAGAAUUGCUAACUUAAAUAUCACUUGUGAGAAGAUAGAGGCCUUAGAGAAAGAGAACUCGGACCUGGACAUGGAAAACAGGAAGCUGAAAAAAGCUUUGGAUAGUGUGAAAAACCUCUCGUUUCAGCUGGAGUCCUUAGAAAAGGAAAACUCUCAACUUGAUGAGGAAAACUUAGAGUUGAGAAGAAGGAUUGAAUCUUCAAAGGGUGCGAGCAUUAAAAUGGCACAGUUAGAAUUGGAAAACAAGGAGCUGGAGAACGAAAAGGAGCAGCUUAAAAAAAGCCUUGAACUCAUGAAAGCAUCGUUUAAGAAAAAUGAACGCUUGGAAGUCAGCUACCAAGGUCUAGACACAGAAAACCAAAGGCUACAGAAAGCCCUGGAGAACAGCAAUAAGAAAAUUCAGCAAUUAGAAAGUGAAUUACAAGAUUUAGAGUCCGAAAAUCAAACUCUGCAGAAGAACUUAGAAGAGUUGGUUAUUUCUAGUAAGCGCCUGGAGCAACUGGAAAAAGAGAAUAAGUUGUUAGAACAGGAGACUUCUCAACUGGAAAAAGAUAAGAAACAGCUAGAAAAAGAAAACAAAAGACUUCGACAACAAGCAGAAAUUAAAGACAGUACUUUAGAAGAAAACAAUGCCAAAAUUAGCCAUCUGGAAAAGGAAAAUAAGUCUCUGUUUAAGCAAAUAGCUGUCUACAAGGAGUCCUGUGUCCGCCUGAAAGAGCUAGAAAUGGAAAAUAAAGAGCUUGUGAAGAGAGCUAGCAUUGAUAAGAAAACCCUUGUCACUUUACGAGAGGACUUGGUGAAUGAAAAACUGAAGACCCAACAAAUGAAUAACGAUCUAGAAAAACUUUCCCAUGAACUUGAAAAAAUAGGCUUGAACAAGGAGCGUCUCCUGUGUGAUGAGCAGAGCAGUGAUGACAGGUACAAACUUUUGGAGUCAAAAUUGGAAUCCACUCUUAAGAAAUCUCUUGAAAUAAAAGAAGAGAAAAUUGCUGCUUUGGAGGCUCGUUUGGAAGAAUCAACAAAUCUAAACCAGCAACUCCGUCAGGAACUUAAAACAGUGAAAAAGAACUAUGAAGCUCUCAAACAAAGACAAGAAGAGGAAAGAAUGGUUCAGAAUCCUCCUCCAAGAAAGGGAGAAGAAAAUCAGUCUGUCAAUAAGUGGGAGAAAGAAAACCAGGAAACAACUAGAGAAUUACUGAAAGUUAAAGAUCGAUUAAUUGAAGUGGAAAGGAAUAAUGCUACACUUCAAGCAGAGAAGCAAGCACUGAAAACACAAUUAAAGCAGCUUGAGACACAGAAUAACAAUCUGCAGGCUCAGAUUCUUGCACUUCAGAGACAGACUGUUUCUCUGCAGGAGCAGAAUACAACUCUACAGACUCAAAAUGCCAAACUUCAGGUUGAAAAUUCUACCCUUAAUUCUCAAAGUACAUCUCUAAUGAAUCAGAAUGCACAACUGUUGAUUCAACAGUCUGCUUUAGAAAAUGAGAAGGAAGGUGUGCUCAAAGAGCUGGAAGAUCUGAAGUCACUGUACGAUUCACUUCUCAAAGACCACGAAAAACUGGAGCACCUACAUGAACGCCAGGCUUCUGAGUAUGAGUCACUGAUUGCUAAACAUGGAAGUCUUAAAUCUGCACACAAAAAUCUGGAGGUGGAGCAUAAGGACUUGGAAGAUAGGUACAAUCAGCUGCUUACACAGAAAGCGCAGCUGGAAGAAUUGGAGAAAGUGCUCAAAACAGAGCAGGAGAAAAUUCUGCAGCAAAAUGAAGAACAUGAGACUGUGGCAGCAGAGUAUAAGAAACUUCGUGAUGAAAAUGAAAGCACAAGAAUGCCAGACAAAGUGCUGUGCAGUGUGGAUGUGGACUGUAGAGAGAGCAACCCACCGCUUGCUCAUACACACGAUCAACUCUUGAAAGAGAAUGAAGUUCUGCAAACUGAUCAUAAGAAUUUGAAGACUUUACUGAACAGUUCCAAGCUGGGACAAACACAAUUAGAAGCUGACUUCUCUAAACUCCGAGAGGAGUACCAACUGCUGGAUAUUAAAUGUACAAAAAUAACUAACCAAUGUGAGCUGCUUAGCCAGCUUAAAGGAAAUAUGGAGGAGGAAAACAAACAUCUACUAGAUCAAAUUCAGACAUUAAUGCUACAGAAUAGAACAUUACUUGAGCAGAAUAUGGAAAGCAAGGAUCUCUUCCAUGUAGAGCAAAGGCAGUACAUUGACAAGCUAAAUGAAUUAAGGCGACAGAAGGAGAAACUGGAGGAGAAGAUAAUGGAUCAAUAUAAAUUUUAUGAACCAUCUCCACCCAGAAGAAGGGGCAACUGGAUUACACUGAAGAUGAGGAAACUGAUGAAAUCCAAGAAGGAUGUUAAUAGAGAACGUCAGAAGUCUGUAACCCCUACACCUACCCGUUCAGAAUCCAGUGAAGGAUUUCUUCAGCUGCCCCACCAGGACAGUCAGGAUAGCUCCUCAGUGGGCUCAAACUCUAUUGAAGAUGGACAUGUCCUGGGAACCAAGAAGAGUACCAUGGUUGCACUGAAAAGACUGCCCUUUUUGAGGAACAGACCGAAGGAAAAAGACAAAAUGAAGGCCUUCUAUCGUCGCUCCAUGUCCAUGAAUGACCUGGUGCAGUCCAUGGUCCUAGCAGGAGGACAGUGGACAGGUAGUUCUGAGCAUCUGGAGGGUCCUGAUGAUAUAUCUGCGGGUAAAAGGAGGAAAGAAUUGGGAGCUAUGGCCUUCUCUACUACAGCUAUCAACUUUGCAACUGUCAACUCUUCUGCAGGCUUCAGAUCCAAGCAGUUGCUAAAUAAUAAAGAUGCGAUGUCGUUUGAAGAUGUAAGUCCACAAGGUAUUAGUGAUGAUUCUAGUACAGGAUCAAGAGUUCAUGGAGUACAGGACAUUAACUGUGCAGAUGCUCUUGCUCCUCCUGUUCGUGGCAUUUCAGCAAUGUGCAAGGUUCCCUGUCAGAUCUGUUUGCCCUUUUCUAAAGCGUCCUCUUGGACAGCCCGGAAAUCCCUUCGCUUUCUGAUCUCUUCCAGACCAGCCAGCCUUGAUAGUGGCAGAACAUCCACUAGUAAUAGCAAUAACAAUGCUUCACUCCAUGAAGUCAAAGCAGGUGUGGUUAACAAUCAAAGCAGACCUCAGAGUCACAGCAGCGGAGAAUUCAGCAUGCUACAUGAACACGAUGCUUGGUCAAGCAGCAGCAGCAGCCCUAUUCAGUAUUUGAAAGGUCAUACAAGGUCUAGUCCUGUGCUUCAGCAAAGAACACCUGAGACACUGGAUCGUGGUGGAAGAUGGAUCAAAACUGAUUCUCCUGGAAGUGAGGUUGUUACCCUGCAGCAGUUCUUAGAAGAAAGCAACAAAAGUACCUCAAGUGAGAUGAAAUCUGGGAGUGAAGAGAAUCUUUUAGAUGAAGUAAUGAGAAGUUUAUCAGAGUCAUCUGAGCUGACAGGGAAGGAAAAGCUAAGAAAGGCAUCUGCUGGUUGUGGAAUUGUGAGGUCACUGAGCGUAAAAAAUCCAGUUGAUUUCUCAGAUGGACGAUCCAUUAAACCAGAGCAACUCGUAAGGCCCAGCCUUCGUAAAACAGAAGAUGCCUAUUUCACUAGCUCCCCAAUAAAAUUUACAUCGGGCACUCAAGGGAAGGCCAAAUCAGUGAAAGAAAAGAUGCAAACAGCUGCAUCACAGCGACAAUCAAGGGAUUGCAAUCCUUACGCUACCUUACCUCGUGCGAGCAGUGUGAUUUCUACAGCAGAAGGAACUACUCGAAGGACAAGCAUUCAUGACUUUUUGUCUAAGGACGUUAGGCAGCCUGUUUCUAGUGAUCCAGCAACACCCACCGCUGACAGAAGUGCUCCAGCAACAUCUAAUGUGGAAGCUAUCCCAGAAAGCAGAAAUUCAAAAUGCAGGUCUAGGGAGCAACAAAGCUCCUAAAUCUAUUACCCACUACAUGAGAUGUGGGCCAAGUGAGAGAAAAGUGUCCUUCAGUGUCUCAAUAUGAAGCCUUUAUUUCUGAAGUAAACAAGACAGCAACUGUAGGAAUCAUUAAUAAAUAUUAAGGGAAUUUUUUACGUUCUUCGUGACUAGAGCAGGCAAGAAAUAAAAACCUACCUACCUUCCUUCCUUCCUUGAAUCAAGGAGCUCUACUGGAGUCUGCUGCCGAAAACUUGUAGAUGGUCUUAGGAAUUAUUGCACAUUGCACUGUUAAGAUCUACUGAAUAAAGGACAGUUCUCAUCUCCCUAAGGACCAAGAAUUUUAAGGUCUCAAGAAUUACUCCAGGAAAAAAAAAAAAGCAAACAACUUCUUUCAGCUUCUGUUUAUGAAAUUAGCCACUGAUUUGCUUAAGCUUCUGCUAAUACUUAGCCAAAAAAGCCCAACCCAUAACUUGCAGUUUAUAUUUACUUCUGUAAAUUUAAAAUAAAUGCUGUAGUAUUUUGUUGAAAGCGACUGUAUAUACAGACACAAAGACCUCUCAGCUUACUGGCACUUCCCUGCCUUAUUGGUUAGCAUAAUCUGCAUGGAAUGGCUCUUAUAAAGUUUAUGCUGAUUUCUUUUUGUUGCAAACAAUUGUUUACAUACAUGAGAACAUUUGAUCACUAACAAAUGUGGGGGCUCAUGGGAUAAUCGUAUGAUAUAGGAAAUGUUUGUGUUCACAUUCCCGAGUUGUUCUGCAUAUCUGUGUUCAGAUGUUUUUGACAGGAAAUUGUCAGGUAUGAUUUCUCUGUAACUUUUAUUUCAGCGUAAGGCUGUGUUCAACAAAUGGCACUUCCAGGAGAGGGUUGUCCUGCCAUGUUUGUGUACUGACUGAUUUCUUCUUUCAUUGUUUGUCUUCUGACAUGAGUUGAUUGCAGCUUAGGUGGUUUCUUGAUGGCAAAAAAGGGAAAUAACGUGUGUGCAUUUCACAAUCAAUUCCCCUUAAGGUUAUCUUGUAUUACUAAGAUACAUUUUGUUGGUUAUUGACUUACAUUAAAGUCAACACGUGUAAUUGGUACAUUCAGUGGUCGUCUCGGAAGCAUUUGCAGUGAGCUCAAAGGAAGUGUACCUGAACUUAGAAGCAGAUUUAACAUUACUGUAAUCCUUUUUUAUUUCUAAACAGUAGGCACAUUCAUGUUUCUGUUCUCAAGGGUUAAAUUAGCUGUGUAACCUCAUGCCUGAUCUUCCAGUGCAGCUCUCUGUUCACAUAAAGUAAGCAGGGCUCAGUCCUGGAGCUGCAGUGCUUGUAGAAGGAUCACACUGCUGCUCAGACUGCCGUACGGCCGCUGCAGCUCCUUUCACUUCCUCUUUUUUCUUGAGGCGUACAGGUUUUGCCAUGUGUGAAGUCUCAAGCUUUCAGGGACAAUGGGAACAGAAUCAUUUUCCACCUGAGAGAGAACGCAGUUCCACGGAUUUAAAACGUACUGGCAAGUUGUUUCUUAUUUUACAGAAACUUUGUCAAAAAGGAAAAGAGAAAAAGAAAGUUCAGUAAGUUUAGAGUUGGAAAUUUUCUCCUUUUAUUUUCCUGAAAGUGACUUCCUUCUGAAAUACUUCUUUAUGAUGGAGUGUGUUACAAGAUCUCCAUCAGAGUCUGGCAACAUAAAUGCCUUGUUCAGCCUGAGUGUUUUUCCACAGAGAACUUACAGGUUUUUUUUUCCACUUGAGUGAAACUAGGACAAACUUUGCAGCUCUACACCUUAGAGGAGUUUGAUUUUUUCCUCUGAUGAUGUUUCUGGUAUUUGAAUUCAUUAGCUGAAUUUCAGCAUGAACUCAUACAAGUGUCUCAUUCCGGUCCCCUUAUUCUCAGUGCCAAGAUUUCCAUUGCUGCCUGCAGAGUGUUGCCAUUGUUCAGUGAUUCCAGGAGUGACCUGAAGCCCAGAGCGUUCCUGACAUCCAGUUCCACAACAUUUUUUGCAGGCAGUCUGAGCUCAGUUGCACGUGGAAUAACUUCCUGUGCUGUAAUUGAUAGCACAGUCUUUUAGGGAAGGAUUCCGAGCGCUCCAGGCUGCAGCGACAGCUUCCAGGUGUCACAGGCCGUACUGCAGGUACUGCUGUGUCCCUGUGUGCAGUCAGAGCUCAGGUACUACCGAGGUUCUUCCUCAAUACAAAGUGAGCCAGAGAGGAGACCCCUGGUGUGCUCUCAGAGAAAAUUAUUAAGCAAUAAAAACUUGAUGUCAGGCCAGCUUUCUCUGCCAUUCCUGUGCUGCAAUAGAGGCGUAGCCAUAGGGACCGAAGGAAAACUUGCCUUACAGAGUUUCUUAGCCAUAGCUGUUAGGAAAGAUAAUUGAAAUAAGUAAAUACUAGGAAACUAAUUCUCCAUUUUGCUACUCUCAGGUUUGUUUCAGGGCCUGAGUGUUGGUGCGUUCUCCCAGUACCUCUCCUUGACAGCAGAGGACUGAUGCGCUUGAAGCUUUUAAACCUAACCAAUUCAUAGUGUCACUGUUUCUAGAACUCAGUGUGUCUUCAGUUAACCCAUGGUGCCAAGCAUUGCUUGUAUUGCAGCAUCUGUGCAGCUGUGUGUGCUCUGGCGUGCCGCAUACUCGAAGACCUGGGAAUAUUGCCAUGGCUGACGUGUGGCACACAGCCAGGCACAUGCAGCCUUUUGCCCUCACUACACGUGGCUGUGUCAUUCCUGCAUGGGCGCUCCCCUGACUUCUCAUUUUUGGGCUCUUUUCUGUAUUCAUUAAGUUGUCCAGAAUUUCCCAUCACGGCCAGGGUGCUUAGUCACAAAUGUGAGAGUUACCACAUAGCACGUAUGGAAGGUGAAAAGCCUUUGUCCAAAAACCUCGGUGAAUUUUCCUUGUUUGGGAGCAUCGGUGGAGACGUGGCAGCUGAAUUCAUCCCACUAGUGCAGGUCAGGGCUGUGUGCCAAAGUGCUGGCUGGUGGCCCUGCACCAUUCUUGGCAGGCUUGGAGCUGCUGGGCCAGCAUCAGGACAGAGACCACAGGGGGAUUUGGUUUGUAUUCACCAAGAUACACCAAAGCAGCACGCACCAGGAAUACAUUUUCAUUGAGAUCAGAUCCUAAUACUCCCAGUGCUUACUGUGUGGAGACACUUCAGAGCAGAAGAGCAGUCAGGAAGCGCUCUGUACUCUGAUGCCUUUCCUUUCCAGACUGGUAUAACACCUCUGUAAGGCACCUCAUCUUUCCAUACGACUAAAAACCAAACUAUCGAUGUAAUUCGGGGGCCACCUCCCCUUCUCAAACACAGCCUCCCAGGGCGCAGCACAGCGGCUGUGGGGCAGCCCACAAGAAGAGCACAUCACUGGUAGCAGCAAGAGUUGAGUUGCCAAAUGUGUCACUGUGAGUUCAAGCUUACAGUUUGUUUUAAUACCGCACAGUGUAGAAUUUCCAUUUGCUUUGCUGAUAGUCUGCUGUUCUUUAGCAACAUUCCCAACUUUGUCCAAGACAUGGUGCAGCCUCACCAGAGCUCACGGAUGAUUCUUAGAGGUAGAUGAUAACGUAUAUGUAAAUAAUGCUUUGAUAUUAAUAAAACUGCCUUAAAGGAAUGUACCUAGGUGUGAAACAAAACUUAAAAAGCUCUUAUUUAAAACUGUAAUUUCCUUUACAUAUUGAUUUUUUUUUUUUAAUGUUUGCCAUUGUAUACAUUUAUUAAUGAUGUUAUUAAAAUACCGAACCAAAUAAUUUUUAUCCUUAUUUUGUGUAUAUAUAUUGAUACACACAUGUUCUGGAAACUGAUGUUGCUGGAAGGAUAUUGGUGUUCAGUGGUGGUUGUGCUCGGUUGGUGAUGUGUUCAGUAUUUCUUCUGAAAGGAAACCUAUAAAACUGUAGCAGAAAUGUUCUGGGCGCUGCGUAGUUUGUUCUGUGCUGUUAAUUUGUAAAGACUCAUGUAGCUUUUAAUAUCCCUUAUUUUAAUACUAUUUUUAAGACACUAAUUUCAUAGUAAAUACAUUAAGAAUUCCUGGCAGGUUUGCCAAACGCAGGAUUUGGAGCUUUGAUUUUGCUUGCUGGUUAUUUCUGCUGGAACAAGACUCAGAAGCUCUUCUAAUAGUGAAGAUAGUUUAAUUUUUAGGCUUGCAGAUCUUCAGACUUGUGAGAAGUGUAGGAAUCUGCUAUUGUGCACAUCAUUGCAACUUAUUAUCUUUCACAUGUAAAGCUUUCUGGUUUAAAAAACUUGACCAGCUAAAUUUAUUGCUUUUUACUCCCCCUUUUGGAAGUGAUAAUUCACGAGUGCCACAGGGAAUAAAGGGAAGGGAGAGUGGCAGGCAGAGGGCACAACAGAUUUCACUUUUAAAGGUGCAGAAGGCUGUGUCGUAUCUGCCUGUGUUAGAAGCGCGUUUGUCAACCUGGGGUUCAUUGAUCAGCUCACUUAAAAAGAAAACAAAAUUGGGGGGAAAUAAACUCUGAUGGAGUUCCUCAGCUCCCAGAGCUGUCUUGGCCAUAUCUCGUGAAACUGAGUCAGUUUCCUUGUGUAUUUAAAAUGUCCCCUUUGUCGUUGUUAGUAGUGCAUCCUGUAGCAAGAUGCAGUAGCAAAUGCUAAUCAGUACCACAAGUCUUUCUGUGGUUUUCUUCAUUCUUUUUUUCCUCUUCUGUUUCCACCUGUGCUCAUCCUGCUGCUUGCCUUUGGGCGUUUUUCUCACACCACAGCCAUCUUCCUCAGGCAAUAUUUAAAAGCCCUUUUACCUCUCAUCUCCAAAUGUUGUUCCUGGCUUUGGGUACUUGUGACCAGUUUGGCUGCUGGACAUCAUGGACUUUCUGCUUAAGAAAGCAUUGGAAAGGGGUUUUACUCAUUUAGAAAGGAGAGAGAAGUAAUUUCAUUAGGAAUUCAAUGUUGAGAACAUGUUGGUCUGGUUCCUGUGAUAGCAUAUACUUUUCUGUACUAAAUAUAUCGCCUAUCCUAAGCCAAAUCAGACUCCCCACAGCUUUUUGAACAUCUGGACAUUUGUGUGUUCGGUUCCCCAUCUCCCAAAGGGAGAAACUCAAGUCUGUCCGCUGUCACACCCUUCUUUCCACUUACAUGGCACUGGUUACAAGGGUACAGUGGAAUAGAGAACAUGCUCACCCUCCACAGGUUGAUGAGCCAGAAGAAAUUGUGCACAGAAGCUAAUCCUGUGCCAGGUGGUAUCUUCUUUCCUCCCAGGAAUCAGCAGGAGAUGCCAUACCCCUGCAGGAAGCUGUGUUAUUCCUUAAAGCUCUUGUCCUGGCUAUUUGCACUGCUCCCUGUCUGCUCAGUUCUCCUUCAUGCUCUGCCACUUUUGUGGAGGCACGCUGUCCUAAUGGGCUUAACACAGAAGGCUUAAUGAUUAGAUCCCAAAGGGAGGAGACUGUGAAAUGAAAAUGCAGCUGAAAAUGUAGACAAUCAAGUACAAUUUCUGUAGUGCAACUAAUUUUCUAUUUUCUAGAUGAAAAUUAAGAAAGAAAAGCAACAGAGCAGGAGAGAAAUGGGUACAGGUGAGAGAAAAAAAAA